AUGGCUCAUCGUAGAAGUCCAUUUAUACGCCGCAGUGGUUUGGGCUGUGAGCGACUUGAGUAUAGACAUUUCCGCAUUACAUCUACACUUAUGCUUGACUUCAGUUACCCCGUCGUCCUUGUUCUUUUUGUGUUCUCCAUCUUGGUUGAGCGGUACAUCAAGAAGAAUAAAGACAAUCCAGCAGGUCUACCUUUACCCCCUGGGCCCCCACGACUUCCUAUUGUCGGAAACUUGUUUGGUUCUAAAGACUUAGGAGCACAGUGGUUGACAUAUGCAGAAUGGGGCAGAAAAUAUGUAUUGAUGGUCAAGUUAAUGGACUGGAGCUUCAAUGUGGGGUUUAUUCCAUAUGGUCCUUCAUCCAUGCACCAGGCAUUGAAUCCCCAGGCCAUGCUUUCCUACCAGGGCCUCCAGCUCAGCAAGGUCCAUCAAAUGAUCCGCAACAUCUUAGUUAUUCCACAUGAAAUGGAAGCUCACCUGCGAACAUUCACGGCGUCAACGAUCAUGCAAGUCGUGUACGGUUAUGAAAUGGCUCCGCAGGACGACUUAUUUGCUUCCAUCGCCGAUCGGGCCAGCGAGAUGCUCACAAAUUCUUUUUUCCCUGGUGCUGCAUUGGUCAAUACGUUCCCUAUGUUCCAAUACUUGCCGGAAUGGUGCCCAGGAGCAGGCUUUAAAAACUUACACGCUAAUGGCACGGCGCCACAAUCGAUAGUGUCCCAGAUGAUACAAAAACACGAGGAAGAAGCCGUGAUCAAAGCAGUUGCAGGUACAACAUACGCAGCCGCUGUUGAGACCUCAUCAUCAGCGCUGUCAGCUUUCAUGAUGGCAAUGAUUAUGUUCCCUGAGGUGCAAAAGACAGCUCAAGCAGAGAUUGAUCACGUCACUGGAGGCACCAGGAUGCCUGAUUUUGGCGACAGGGAGUCCAUGGUUUAUCUCGAAGCCACGUAUCGCAAAGUCUUGCGAUGGUGCCAGGUCACGCCACUGGGGGUACCUCACAUGACAACAGAGAGUGAUGUGUACAACGGAUAUUUUAUUCCCAAAGACACGAUUGUCUUUGCCAAUAUAUGGUUCAUGCCUGAGCGUUUCAUUCAGGAAGACGGAACACUUUCUGACGACCUCGGACAGCAACAAUUCGGAUUCGGAAGACGGAUUUGUGUUGGGAAGUAUCUCGCCGAGGCAUCGGUUUGGAUCGCUAUGGUGUCCAUUCUCGCUGUGUUCGACGUGAAGAAGGCAAUGGAUGAGUUUGGGGGUGAAAUCGACAUCACCCCUCAGUACACGCCAGGUGUGAUUAUGUCACAGAAGGCAGUAGCAAUGGUCCAACCUGCUCCAUCUUCGACGGGUUGUGGGUUACUAGCGUGA